AUGGAGGCUGAUCAUAAUGUGGAUAUUGGUGGAGCGGCGGCGGCGGCGGCGGAGGGGGCUCCAGUAACUUCACGGUGGAACCCGACAAAGGAGCAGAUAAGCAUGCUCGAGGGCCUCUAUAUGCAGGGGAUACGCACGCCUAGUGCUGAGCAAAUACAGCAGAUAACAAGCAGGUUAAAGGCUUACGGUCACAUUGAGGGGAAAAAUGUGUUCUAUUGGUUUCAGAAUCACAAGGCACGGCAAAGGCAGAAGCAGAAGCAAGAGAGCAUGGCUUACAUCAACCGCUAUUUUCAUAGGACUCCUCAGCCAAUCUUUGCUCCUAAUUGCCCAAAUGUUAUCUGCAGCCCAUAUUACCUACCACAGAGCGAUAUAGGAUUCUAUCCGCAAUAUCACCAUCCCAAAGUUUUGCUUCCCGGUGGAAUCAGGAGGAGGCCAAGGACUGAAAAACAGGAGAAAUCAAGAGCCUUCGAUGAUGAUGCGCCUGUGCACAUGGCAGGCAAUAGUCAAGAAACAUUGCCUCUAUUUCCAUUGCACCCAACAGGCAAUUUACAUGGAGAAACUGGAAAGUCUUCCAUUGGUUCUUCUUCUGCUAUGAACUCUACUAAUACUCGUAGCUUUUCUGAUCAGGUUGAAGAAGGUUCUGGUGAUCAACUCUUUUUUGAUUUUUUCUCAGGGGAGGGUUCCAGUGAAAGUGGCUAA